CGACAAGGGGCUGAACGAACGAUGAAGUGGCCUUUUGGGCCUUGUACUGGAUGCCAGGCCCGAGUCAUCGAAUCCCUCGGCGAUGUGCCUUUGCCGGAGUCCAGACCCAUUUAGGCUGCUUCGUGAUCGUCUGUUCUGUCCUGGACGCCUCCAGCGACACGUCUAUCACGGUACCCCUAGCAGGGAAUCCAGUCGGUUGCAGCUCCUCCGCAACCCUCCGCAACAGUCGGCACGUCGCUAGUCGUGCGGGAUCUGCAGAGCCCUUGGUCCCGGGUCAGGUUGUAUGGCGGUGCCGUGUUCCCGACAAUUGAUAUC